AGUUCUCAGUGUUUUAGGGCAUGAAUCAGUCAGAGAUAUUGGAUCAGUUUUAGUGAGAUUGUUCACCUAAUCUACCUCUUAUUUGUUUAUGGAAUGACAAUAAUAAAAUAAGUAUCGCCAACCAUGAAGAUGUAUCGUAAAUGCAUAUGUGAAAUCUGCACAUGUGGACGUCACCGCUGUCCUCAUCAACCUACAGCUCUCCACAGUAAUGCAAAGGCUUUCAAAGGGACUUCAGAAUAUGUUGACAAAUAUCCUCCAUAUGGUAAUGUCUGCCAAGUUGAAAGCCUUAGACCUAAGCAGGAAUAUCAAGCUAAUCAUGGAAGAAUGGAGGGAAUCACAACAUUUAGAGCUGAUUACAUUCCUCAUGAAACAGCACAACGUCCUGUUCAUAUUCAGGAUGAAUAUCGACCUAAGACUGGCCAGAUGGACCUUGGCACCACAUACAAAAGAGAUUAUAACGAAUACAAAAUAGAGCGGGUGGCACCAAUGCGACCACUGGAAAACAAGCGUACAUCAGGUGGAAAAGUAAAUACUAUGCCAACCUACAAAGAUGAUUAUAGGGCAUGGGAUCUCCAGAAGAGGCAACUUGUUAAACCAGAUUAUGAUUAUCAACCUCCUGCUGUUAUAUUUGGAAAUCCUACAACAUUCCAGGAUGACUUUAGUCCCAAAGGUCUAGUUUCUACAGGAAAUUUUAAGCCACCUAACAUUGCUAGGCUAUCACAAGUCCCAUUUGAUGGUGUCACAAGCCAUCGUAUUUCCUAUGUGCAGCAUCCACUUGAACCAAAGUUUAGCAGGCCUAAACAAGUUUACAAGCCUUCUAGUCAGCCUUUUGAUGAUCUUACCGUUCAUCAGCGAGAUUAUAAGGGGCAAUAUCUAGACCCUGUCAAAAGCUUCAAACCAGAGCACACCAAAGUUGCAACAGAUUCACGCUUUGAUGGCAUCACUGAGUUCCGUGAUCGUUAUCAGCCAUGGGAAGUCUCUUUGCCUUUUGUUCAUAAGCAGGCAGAGUAUGUUGGCCCUGAUGGCAAGAUAGAUUUAAAUACUACAACUCGGAUAGAUUAUGUGCCUCAUAAAGUAUCUAUGGCUUCACCAAUAAAACCUGUUUCUCAAAGUAAAAAAAACAAUGCUCCAUUUCAAGGAAAUACCACCAUGAAAGAAGAUUACAAGGCUUGGGAAAUGUAUAGACAAGAAAAAAGUAAACUGCGUGAAGAGAUUCCAAGACCAUCUGGAAAAUUUGAUGGAAUGACAACUUUCCAGUCUCAUUAUGUUCCACAUGGGAUCAGUCCAGUUAAAAGCUUCAAACCUGUAAAUGCUGUACGACAAAGUAUGGUUCCUUUUGAUGAUGGGACUAUAUAUCGCACAGAAUAUACACCUAAGAUGAUGGACAUCUGUCCUGCAAGCUUCCCAAGUCCUCUAGGUUAUGUCUUUGAAAACACCGAUAUACAGGGGCACAAGAUCUUCCGGAAGGUUCCUGAAGCAGAAAUAAAUACAUCUCUUGUAGCAAAUGGAGUUCAUGUUCCCAAGGAAGUAAUUGUGAUGUCAUAACUUUUAUUAAAAUGUUUUUCUCUGAUUACAGUUAUAAAACCAAAUUUUAAAUUAAUUCUUGUGACCUCAUUUUCUGGGGAAAAAUACAAUGCAUAAUUUCAAGAUCU